AUGGGAGAUGAAUACGAAGCUCUUGGCUCUUUUACAGGUAACCUUCAACUUCUUUGAUUAUCUUAUUCUGUUUUUAGACGAUCCAUUGCCUCCACCGGCACCUGAGAAGAACCCUCCGAAAGGGCCGCCUGGAAAGGGUGAAACCGUCCUGAACAGUCCACGAGAACGGGUUGAAACUGAUCUCACCCACUCUCCGAAUGGCUAUGAGAAUGUGGGAGAGGACUUCUACGAAAAUUCGCUUCGAUCGCCGGAGGAUAAGAGCAUAAUAUCCGUGAAGACUCCGAAGAGUGAUGUAGGUGUCUAAAGUAAUAUAAUUUUGGAUAAAACAAUGCUUUUUUUCGGUUUUUAACGAUUUUUUGUUUAGAACCGUCUUUACGUGGCGCUGUUCAACCGUUACACAUGUUCGGCGAAGGCUAUGGUCGGUCUUAUCGUCGGAAUCGGGGUUUUGCUCAGUUUGACAAGUGCAAGUUUCCUGUUCCUCGACUACUCAACACUCCUCCCAGAUGACAUUGUGUAUGAUCUUGAGUACGAUAUUUGA